AUGAAGAGUUUGGCCCAAAGACGCCAGUCUGCACCAUCUUUGAUCUUUGUCAAAGCACUUAACAGGUCUCGGUCGGUCUCAAGGGAAGGCUGCUUCUCCCCCAUCAGCCCGGAGGCAUGUCCCCUUGUGCAGUCCUUCAUAUGCCACAACCGAACGUUCAUCCUGGAUGGCCACGUGCAGCUGAAGACAGGUCUGCAAACCCAGGAGCGACACCUUUUCCUCUUCACAGACCUUCUGGUUGUUGCCAAGUCCAAGUCGCACUCUCAUUUCAAACUCAAGUGCCAAGCGCGUCUCUGUGAGAUGUGGACAGCAUUUUGUACAGAAGAAGUCUGUGAAGGCAGCACAGACCCAGAGAAGUCCUUCGUUUUGGGCUGGCCCACCACAAACUGUGUGGCAAAUUUCAGGUCUGCGGAACAAAAGGAGACAUGGCUGUCUUUUUUGCAAAGUCGAAUAAGAGAAGAGAAGGAAAAAGACUAUCCUAAAAGCAUCCCUCUGAAGAUAAUUGCAAAGGAUGUGGGAACUUGUGCAUAUUCGAAAACCCUGAGUGUAACCAAUGUUGAUACAGCAAAUGAUGUCAUUCUCAUGGCCCUGCAGCAGCUGGGAAUUAACGGCUCUGAAAAAGACUACAAGCUGUGGGUGAUUUCAGGAAGAGAAGAUGCUCCUUACCCUCUUAUUGGGCACGAGUAUCCCUUUGGAAUUAAAAUGAGCCACAUCCGCGACGCUAUGCCCCACGGAUCAAAGCACUGUGCCUGCCCCAGGCAGCUUCAGGGGUCCUUCUUGACGGAGCAGCUACCCCAGGAGCUGCAGUGCCAGUUCGUGCUGAAGCCAAGCCGCCUGAACGUGUGCCAGCAGCUGAACGACUUAAGCCAAAAGUCAUUUAAAAGGAAAAGGUCUAUCAUAAAUUGGGCUUUUUGGCGUGGCCCAGGCACUCACUUGGACAACGCACCCCUCUCCUCAACAUCUGCUGCUCCUGGGAAGCUCUUUGGCCUUUUGCUAACAGCCAUCUGUGAGGAUGACAACCUGCCCAAACCCCUCUUGGACAUGCUUUCCCUCCUUUACCAAGAGGGCCCUUCCACCGAGGGCAUUUUCAGGCGCUCUGGAAGUGCAAAAACCUGCAAAGAGCUCAAGGAGAAGCUUGAUUCAGGUGCUGAAGUGGACCUGGCCUGUGAAUCCAUAUUUGUGACAGCAUCUUUGUUUAAGGAUUUUCUUCGCAACAUCCCAGGAAGCAUUUUGUCAUCCCAGCUCUGUGAUAAGUGGGUCUCUGUGAUGGAUCAAGGAAAUAAUGAAGAGAAGAUAAAAAGCAUCCAAAGGUUAAUAGAGCAACUCCCCAGAGCUAAUGUCGUUCUCUUACGUUACAUCUUUGGAGUCCUGCAUGGUAUAGAAAUGCGAUCUGAAGAGAAUCAGAUGAAUGCAUUUAAUUUGGCUAUCUGCAUUGCACCUAGCCUGCUCUGGCCUCCUGUUUCCUCCACUCCUGAUGUAGAAAGUGAAUUUACAAAAAAGAUUUCUAGUCUGGUCCAGUUCCUCACUGAGAAUUGCUGCAGGAUUUUUGGAGAGGAAAUUACCUCCCUCUUUGGAGAAAUACUGAUGACAUGUAAGAGAGAGAAUGGCUCAGAUGCUGCCUCCCUCCAUCUGAACGACUCUUCCUACGACAGCCUGGAAAAUGAGGCGAAUGACGAAGCCGACUCCUCUUCCAGUGACUGGAUUAAGAACCGAGAUCAGGAUAACAGGAGCAGGGAGUCUGUCUUCACGCUGAGCGACGGCGAUUCGGAGCAGACAGAGGUGGAUGAAAUCCAAAGUAAAGCCAAAUCGAAACAGUUGACAAUUUCUGUUGAUGUGCACCGUAAGUUUUCAUCCCAAGAGCGCUUGGAGGAUGAACCUCUUUGCUCCAGUGCACUGGGCUUCUCUUCAGCAGCUACCUCAGGCACUCUCAAAACCUUGAGGAGACACAGGCGCUCCUCUGAGCCAGCAAUUGGCCUCCUCGCCCCCAGCUUUGCCCGCACUGGUGAUGGUCAUGAGAAGGCGGCACGCAAAGCCAGCUGUGACGCUGUCCUGUCUCAUGAAGAUGAAGACUAUCUCCGUCAGCUUCGGUCACUGCAAAUGGAGGGGCAAAAGCUUAUAAAUCAGAGCUUGAUUAUAGGAAUUAGUGUUGGUAAAAGUGACAACACACACCGAAACGUUGAAAAGAAAGACUCUUCCCAUUGCCUCCUGCCUCCAGCGCCAGAGGGAUUAAAUAUUUGCUCAGGAUUUAGCUCUUCUAGCCUGUCUUCUCCUGCAACGUCUCCGUCUGUGUCGUCAAUGAGCUCUCUGGACAGUGCUUUCUCUCAGUUUUCAGACCAAUCUGUGUUUACCCCAACCGAAACUUCCUGCCCUUUCGACAGCACUUUUCAGUCGCUAAAGAAACACGAAGACGCUGCCGCUGAAGCAGCUGAUGACUUUUUGGUUAAACCCACCAGGGUGCCGCCAUCCCCACAGCCGACCGACGCUUUGGCUGAGGGGGGCUUGGUGGAGCCCAACAGCAGGCCGGCGCCCCCAAAACCUGCUGACAGAGUCAAGGGCUAUUUGAUUAAGCCUGAAAUCCAGCCAUUACCCCUGAAAGUCACAGGAAGAGACAGACUUCAUGAUCCGAGAUUGAAGAGGAGGUCUAGAAGAGCAUUACAGCAAUCCAAAGUUUGA